AGGGAAAGAGACACAGCAGAGUGUUCCCUGUGUUCAGUGGUGAUGAGUGGAAGUUAAGGACAUCUCUCUCUAAAUCAAUGUGUCACUCAACGUGAACAGUUAACAGUGAGCAGCCAGAGGAUCAUUUGGGCAGAGACUCCAGCAGGACAUGCAGACACAUGCUGGGACACGUGGACCGAACUUAAACCGCACUUAAAGAACAAUUUGCACCAGAACACAAAAUGAGACUGUCACCAAUCAUCCUAUGACAGGAGACACGCCGGGGGACGGACAACACGAAAGAGGGACAGAAAGGACAGGGGUGGAUCUGUGAUGACUUUCACUUCAGGGACAACAACAUCCAACCUUCCUGGAGAGACACUGAAAGGAUAAAGCAAAGAGAAAGAGAGAAAGAGCCGGGAACAUCAGCACACCAUCCUGCACAAAGACACAUCUCAGAGAGCCAUGACCGUCCUCACUUUGAAGCGCUUUCUUCUGGCCCUGCUGACCAUCACCCUGUCCAGACCCGACUCUGCUUCGCUUGGGUUCGCUGAGGAGUUUGAAAGCCGAGACGACGUACUCGAAAGUGAGUUCAUGUACACCAGUCGUCCCAAACGCUCCGCCGACCCUCCCAGCGCCUCGGACCCUGACAAAUGCUCCUACACCUUCAUCGUGCCUCAGCGCAAAACCACGGGUGCCAUCUGCGUGAACUCUAAAGAGCCGGAAGCCCUGCUGGAGAACCGCGUGAACAAGCAGGAGCUGGAACUGCUGAACGGAGAGCUGCACAAGCAGCGGCGGCAGAUCGAGACGCUACAGCAGCUGGUGGAGGUGGAUGGCGGCGUGGUCAACGAGGUCAAGCUGCUUCGCAAGGAGUCGCGCAACAUGAACGCCCGGGUCACGCAGCUCUACAUGCAGCUGCUGCACGAGAUCAUCCCUCCACAACAUCGCCAACCACCUCCACCUCCACCUCCGGUCCAUCAUUCCCCAGCCAGGCCGUUCCACCCACCAACCUACACCCGCCAUAAUAACCAGAUCACCAAUGAAAUCCAGAGCGACCAAAAUGUCAAAGCAAUGCCACCAACUUUACCGACGGUGCCCCCUGAAACACACAGCUCCUCAACAGAUAAACCUUCAG